CGCCUCCAGGACGCCAUCUCCCGCCACUCCUUCGACACCCCGCUCUACCGCUUCACCGUCCCGGAUCUCCGCCCCGGCACGCUCGACUCCCUGCUCGCCCUCAGCGACGACCUCGUCAAGUCCAACAUCUUCAUCGAGGGCGUCUCGCACAAGAUCCGCCGGCAGAUCGAGGACCUGGAGCGCGCCGGAGGGGUCGAGCCCGGCACCCUCACCGUCGACGGCGUCCCCGUCGACAGCUACCUCACCAGGUUCGUGUGGGACGAGGGCAAGUACCCCGUCAACGCCCCGCUCAAGGAGACCGUCGCCAGCAUCCAGUCCCAGGUCGCCAAGAUCGAGGACGACAUGAAGGUUAGAGUUGCUGAAUACGGUAAUGUUAAGAGCCAGCUUGGCGCAAUCAACAGGAAGCAAACUGGGAGUUUAGCAGUUCGUGACCUUUCCAACCUCAUAAAGCCAGAGGAUAUGGUCACUUCGGAACAUCUAGUGACACUCCUUUCUAUUGUGCCAAAGUAUUCCCAAAAAGACUGGUUAUCAAGCUACGAGUCACUUGAUACGUUUGUGGUUCCGAGAUCGUCAAAAAAGCUUUACGAGGACAAUGAGUAUGCUCUCUACACUGUAACAUUAUUCGCCAAGGUUGUUGACAACUUUAAGGUCCAUGCUCGUGAGAAAGGUUUCCAGAUCCGUGACUUUGAGUAUAGUCCUGAAGCACAGGAGAGUCGGAAGCAAGAGCUAGAAAAGCUGCUGCAAGACCAGGAAGUUAUGAGGACCUCUCUAUUGCAAUGGUGCUAUGCAAGCUACAGUGAGGUAUUUAGCUCCUGGAUGCAUUUCUCUGCUGUUCGUGUCUUCGUAGAGAGUAUUCUGAGAUAUGGUCUGCCUGCACGGUUCCUGUCUGUUGUCCUAGCACCAUCUACAAAGAGCGAGAAGAAAGUAAGGAACAUCUUGGAAGGGCUAUGCGGCAAUGCUAACAGCAGCUACUGGAGAUCCGAAGACGACGUGGGCAUGGCUGCUGGCCUGGGAGGCGAGACAGAGUCUCACCCUUACGUCUCCUUCACCAUAAACUUUGUCUGAGGGUGUUUGAUGUAUAUUAUUUUGUGACAUCAAUUCUUUCAUGGUAUGUCGGUUUCGGUUUAUACUUCGGUAGUAGAUGAUCCGCGCCGAUCAAUAAUGUAGUCUUUCAGAGAACCUUGAACGUAUCCUGGCACAAACUGGGACUUCUCUUUUUUUGUUCUGCUACGGUGUUGCAACUGUUUACUUUUUGUGCAGUGUUGUAUUACUGGGUACAUUAUUGUAAUUUUGAGUAACCAGGUUCCAUAAUAAUAAAAUCAUGGUGAAUAAGCUGGGUAGUAUAAA